GUAGGUGACUUGUUGCUGCUGUAUAUCUCUGCUGCACCUUUUUUCUUGAGCACAUAGAGCUUCUUCCUCUUCUUCUUCUUCUUCUACUCCUACUCCUCCUCCUCCUCUGCCUCAUCUUCCCCCACUAUGAUCCUCGCGCGUAUCCUCCCCCUCGUCGCCUGUCUCGUCCUCGCCGUCGCGUCCCCCGCCCCCGCCCGUCGCUGGCUCAAUUUCGGCUACGGCCUUGGAGAAAAAGUCCGCGGUGUCAACAUCGGCGGCUGGCUUGUUCUCGAGCCCUACAUCAACCUCUCGCUCUUCGAGCAGUUUGGCGACUCGAACGGCCCCGUCGACGAGUACCACUUUUGCCAGACACUAGGUAAGGACGCGGCCUACUCGCAGCUCUCGCAGCACUGGGCCAGCUGGAUCACGCAGGACGACUUCACCCAGAUCGCUGCCGCCGGUCUGAACCAUGUGCGCAUUCCUAUCGGAUACUGGGCGUUCACGCUCCUGGACUCGGACCCCUAUGUCCAGGGCCAGGUGCAGUACCUCGAGCAGGGUCUGCAGUGGGCGCGCGAGGCCGGACUCAAGGUCUGGAUUGACAUCCACGGCAUGCCGGGCUCGCAGAACGGGUUCGACAACUCUGGUCAGCGCGACGUGCUGACGUGGACGUCUGAUGUGUCAAACUACCAGCUCUCGCAGCAGAUUGUCGCGAACGUGAUCAAGACGUACUCUGCCUCGGAGUGGAACGACGUCGUGGUUGCUAUCCAGCCCGUGAACGAGCCGCUGGCGAGCAACGGCGUGAUUGACAUCAACAUGGUCAAGGACUACUACGGCUACAGCUACGAGCAGCUCCGCACCGAGUCCGGCUCCGACAUUGUGCUUGCCAUCCACGACGGCUUCAUGGGCACGACCUACUGGAACGACUUUAUGACGUACCCGGACUUUUACAACGUCAUCCUCGACCACCACGCCUACCAGGUCUUCUCCGCCGGCGAGCUCUCGCGCUCGAUCGACGACCACAUCUCGUCUGCCUGCGGCGAGGGCACAAACAUUCAGGGCACCACUCUCUGGACUGUCACCGGAGAAUGGAGUGCUGCUCUGACAGAUUGCGCCAAGUGGCUGAACGGAUAUGGACGCGGCGCGCGCUACGAGGGCCAAUACGACGGCAGCCCAUACUACGGCUCGUGCACGGGCAAGUCAGACAUCACGACGUGGUCGGACGACGACAAGGCGAACACGCGCAAGUACAUUGAAGCGCAGAUGGACGCGUACGAGCAGGGCCUGGGCUGGAUCUUCUGGUGCUGGAAGACCGAGGGCGCGCUCGAGUGGGAUUUCCAGGCGUUGAUCGCCAACGGCCUCGUUCCGCAGCCUCUCGACUCGCGGACGUAUCCGAACCAGUGCGGUUUUUAGACGUGGAGGCUGAUUGUUGCUGAUACCAAUUGUGAAUUGCUUUUGUUUUUGUGUCUAUAACUACCUUUUUCUUUUUUAUAUGGCUUUUAAUACUUUUACAUUUUUCAUGGUGAAU